UAUCUGAUUCAGUUUAAGCAUAGCCCUCAGCUGGCACAACCUUUUUUAAACCUUAAAAAAAAUUCGACCAAAAUUCCAAAUUUCCAAAUUUUAGUUCUAGACCAUUCAAUACUUUUGCUUGUUUAAGGAUGCGCUUGUUUGGAAGAAUAACACACUUUAUACAGAUAUCGCGAUGUCUCAGCUACCAUGCUCCACCACUCUUCCGCCCACGCAGCCUGCUCCAUGCCGAGCGAUUGAAGCAGCUGUGCAGUAGUGCCACCUACGGGCCCAAGUCGACGGGUCGCAUCCGGAAAUAUUCGCAGAAGGGCAACAGUGUCUUUUCGAUCAGCGACAAUGCGGACAUGCUGCGCAAGAGGAUCAGCUGCUCCGGCACUUCGGGUCAAGCGCCCAAGAUCCUGCCCAUUGGCCUGAUCACACCGGAAACGGGCGAUGGCAAGGACCUGAAGAUCGUCAUCGUGCCUCUGGACCUGUCUGGCAUGGAUGCCAAUGCGCUGAAGGAUACGCUGGAUACCAUCAACCAGUUGAGGCUGUACGCCAACCACAUCGAGACGUUCUCCAGCAGCAUGGUCGAGGAAUACAGUGCGUUGAACGAGGCCCUGCAGGAUGUGAAAUCGGAGGACCAGUCCAAAGGUGUCAAGGCGGAUGAUCGCAAGUUCUGGGAGACCUACCCCUCCGCGACAGCGUCGGACAUCGAUGCCGUGGGAACCACUGUGGACGCGGGCCUGGGUGCCACCAACAUGCCCAUGCAUCGCCAUGCAGCGGUCAGUAGCUGCCUCCAGAACGCUAUGGGCAAUCCUGGAGUUGCCAGUCCCUCGCUGAAAACCACCAAGGCGAUGUCGGCACUGACCCAGGCCAAACCCGUUCCGAAAUCUACUCUGGAGGCUAAUCCCACGGAGUUCGCCGUACAGGAUGGAGACUUUGUGGAGGAGAUGCGAGUGGAUGUGCCGCAGGAUCUGACCGAUCGGCUGAACGAUAUGGCCGUCUCGUCCAUGGAGCUGUCGUUCGAAAUGGACAUGACCAGCCUGCGUGAUGCCCUGGACAACAAGGGCUCAAAUGCAGUGACCCGGCAGGAUCCCAUGAUCUGUAUGCACACCAAGGUGGAGCUAGACGCGUCUGGAACAGUGGAACAAACUGUCCCGCUCAGGUUCAAUGCCUUGAUCUCUGGCGUCGUGGAGAUCGAUACCCAGAAGCUGAAUUCCGCCCAACUGACGGACGACAAGAUGCCCGGCUUCAAUGAUGACCUCACCACGCUGGCUGCCAACCUUUGCAGCACCGCCUUGGAGAGGGGUUUCUCGGGAAACUCGAAAACCUCGGACACCUACAUUGCCGAUCUUGAACUGACCAAGGGUGAGCAGGCCUUUCCGACCAGAAUCAUCGAUACGUCCUUCAUGUCGGCGGCCACCCAAAUAGGACAUCAGCGGGAAGCCCAGCAGAAGAUCGCCGAAGAGGACUCCGCUUUGCCGGGCAUCCAGGAGGUGGAGGUGCCGGUUCCAGUGGACAAGGAUGGCUGCAAGAAUCCACCCGUGAAGCCAAAGCGCAAGUGUCCUGGCAAAUGUCCACUGAUCACUGAUCCCUGCAAGGAAGAUCCCUGCGAGCGUCCAGAAAAGAAGAAAGCGCCCAAGAAAAAGGCCGAAAGUACCACGUCUAUAACGUCUAUGGCCAAGGGAGGCGACAAGAAGGAUCCUUGUGCAAAGGACGGCAAAGGCAAGGACAAGAAGAAAGACCCGUGUGCCAAGUUCAAAAAGGGUGGCAAGGAUGGCGACAAGAAGGAUGGUUGUAACAAGGAUAAAAAGAAGGAUCCCUGUGCCAAGGACAAGAAAAAGGAGGAUCCUUGUGCCAAGAAAGACGAUAAGAAAAAGAAGGAUCCUUGCGCCAAAUUUAAGUCCGGGGAGAAGAAAGAUCCUUGUGCAAAGGACAAGAAAAAGGAGGACCCUUGUGCAAAAAAGAAAGACGAAAAGAAAAAGGAUCCUUGCGCUAAGAAAGAUGACAAGAAAAAGGAUCCCUGUGCCAAGAAGGACGAAAAGAAAAAGGACCCUUGUGCAAAGGAUAAGAAAAAGGAGGAUCCUUGCGCUAAAAAGAAGGAUCCCUGUGCCAAAAAGGAUGACAAGAAAAAGAAGGAUCCUUGCGCAAAGAAAGAUGACAAGAAAAAGAAGGAUCCUUGCGCAAAGAAAGAUGACAAGAAGAAGGAUCCUUGCGCAAAGAAAGAUGACAAGAAAAAGGAUCCCUGUGCCAAGGGCGGAAAGGGUGACAAGAAAAAGAAAGAUCCUUGCGCCAAGUUCAAGAAAGGCGGCAAAGAUGGCAAGGAUAAGUGCAAGUUUUCAACCUUUUCAAGGCGCUACCUGUCCACCGCUCUGGACCAGGUCUUCCGCGAAUCCGAUGCCGCUCCUGGUGGCCCCCGCUUCCAUGUCUACUCCACUCUUGUGCGCCGUCACUAUCGUGUCCCUGCUGCCAAGAACGACGAAUUCUGCCAGUGUUCCUUGUGCCAGAGGCUUCAGCUCCACAAGGCAACUGCUCCGGCCAAGUUUACGAUCAACAAUACCUUCCUGCGACGACGCUUCAGUGGACUGACGAACAAGAUCCUGCCCGGAGGCCUGGCCAAUGCCAACUGGCGGGGAAAGAAGGACAAGAAGGGCGGCAAGUGCGGCCAGAUGGCGCCCAAGUACCCCAAGAGCCGUGGCAAGGACAUCAAGGAGCGGACUGGUCUCCGCGAGGAUUGCUUCAAUAACGAGGACGGCGGUUGUGGCAUCAAGAGCUGCACCGGCAAAUGCGCCAAGGUCAAGUUCCCCAAGAAGAAGUGCGAGCGCAAGGAGAAAAAGGAUGAUGGCAGAAUAAGCAUUCUCUUGGCCCGGAAUGCUCUUGACCAACUGCAGCCGCAGCGGAGAUCUUUCAGCACGCGGGUCUGUUGCCAUCCAAAGUCGGAGGAUAAACGCAUCCUUGCUCAACAGGCAUAUGCGUUGCAAAUUUCCAAGUCCUACGAGAUCAAAGUGGUUCCCGUUUCAAGACCUUCACCAAAGGAUUUCGAUGUCCUCAUUCGAACGGGUUCAGUGGCCAUCUCGAAUUCCGAUAUCCAUGUCUAUGAGAACGGCAACCGCGACGUGGAGGCCAUGUCCUUGGGCCACGAUGCCACGGGAAUUGUGGAGGAAGUGGGUCGGUGCGUCCACCAUCUGCACGUGGGUGACCGCGUGGUCGUGGAGUCAGCGUUGUCCUGCGGCAUCUGCGAGUUGUGCAAACAGGGGUUGUACAACAUGUGCUCCAGUCUGGUGUACAAUGGCUUUCUGAGCACCUACCAAACGCAUCCGGCGGACCUGUGCCACCGACUUCCGCCUUCCAUCAGCAUGGAGGAGGGUGCCCUGACCCAAACCCUUGCCCUGGGCUGUCAGGCAUGCUUCAAGGGCAACAUCACGCCCACCAGCAACGUCCUGAUCCUGGGAUCCUGUCCAACGGCAGUGGCGGCGGGCAUAUGCGCCAAGGCCAUCGGGGCCAAGCGUGUGGCCAUUGCCGGAUGUAUGGCUCCCGCGCUGGAUGUGGUGGCCCGGGACUUUGGAUUCCAGGCCGUCGAGUUCGACAGCAACGCCCUGUUCGGCGAGGUGCUGGAGGCCAUCUACAGCAAGUUCCAGGACUGGCCCAGCUGCGUCAUCAACUGCUCCAUAUCGGCCAUGACGAUGAAUCUGGCGGUGAUGGCCCUGCAGCCAUGUGGCGUCUGCGUGUUGGCUGAAUGCGAUUCGGAGUGUGCCAGCUUUAAUGCCCUGGACGUCCUGAUGAAGAACAUCCGCCUGGUGCCCAGCUUUCGGUCCGCCAAUAUGUAUCCCACUGCCCUGCAACUCAUGCGAUCUGGUCGAGCACCUAUGCACAAGUUCAUCACGACCACAUAUCCAUUAAGCAGGGCGGACGAGGCCUUCCGAACUGCCCAGCACGAGUCCAACAUUGGGCUGGGGAAGAUCAUUGUUAACUGUGCGGAAGAAGUGGAUUUUGGAGAUAGUCUGGGGAAAAAUGCCAAAUCGACAUCGUAGAAAAUUAUGAUUGUAACAGCUGUGUAGAAGAACGCAUCAAAGAAUUCUAUUAUACUUAAAGACAACUUUGUGUUUUCGAUUUCAAAUAGGGAACGAAAAUAAAACAAUAAAUUUUAAGUAUUGCAACAAAAA